AUGCUUUGCGUGCGCAAGAGCUAUGCCAUCCCAACUGUCAUCCUAAUUUGUCUGACGUACUUUCUUUUCGCAAGUCUACCGCCCGGUGCGGGACAAACGUCGCUGGAAGACGUCGCAGACCUCACAGAAUUCUACAACACCAAAGAUCAGGCUGGCGAUGGCCGCCUUCACUUCAUUAAACACUCCGAGAAACACCCCGUCUCCAAAUACAUUCCUCUCCCGAGCGGCUCUCCGUCCCCCAUUCCUCGCAUUCAGAGCGAAUUUCCCGCAGAAUCAUGGUGGACACGAAGGACAAGGGUGAAGCGACAAGAGGCCGUCAAGGCGGCCUUUAAACAUGCGUGGCAGGGUUAUAGAAAUCAUGCUUGGAUGCAUGAUGAGCUUUCACCUCUCAGUGGAGGAACCCGCGAAUCAUUUGCUGGCUGGGCCGCUACGUUGGUCGACUCUCUCGAUUCACUUGUUAUCAUGGGGUUGAUGGACGAGUUUGAGGAGGCGUUGGAAGCCAUUGAACACAUUGAUUUCUCGACGACCCACGCCACCCAAAUCAAUAUCUUCGAGACGACUAUCCGCUACCUGGGAGGAUUCCUUGGUGCUUAUGAUCUGACCAAUGGCACAUACCCUAUCCUGCUGAAGAAGGCGACGGAAAUUGCGGAUAUGAUAUAUGCUUCGUUCGACACGGACAACAGAAUGCCCCAGUCUCGAUGGGACUGGACUAGAUCCGCAGAAGGCCUCAACAUCCAUCCCAGCAAGAACACGAUCCUAGCCGAACUGGGAUCUCUCAAUUUGGAGUUUACCCGAAUGACACAAUUGACCGGUGACCCGAAGUACUUCGAUGCCGUCCAGAGAAUCACCGAUCUUCUUGAGGAGUCCCAGAAGAAAACUAGAAUGCCGGGGUUAUGGCCUUUGAUGGUCAACGCCGAAGAUAUGACUUUUCCGGAUCCGCGCUUCUCGGUUGGUGGCAUGGCCGAUUCGACAUACGAGUACCUUCCGAAGGAACACAUGUUACUGGGAGCGCAAACGAAGCAGUACCGUAAGAUGUACGAUGCUGCAAUGGACCCGAUCAAGAAGCGGCUGCUGUUCCGCGCAAUGACAAAGGAUAAAAAGGACGUGUACUUUGCAGGAAACAUGCGCGCCCAGUUCACCUACAGCAGAGAGACCCUAGAGCCUCAGGUAGAACACUUGAAGUGCUUCCUGGGAGGCACAGUCGGCAUCGGGGCCAAGGUGUUCGACCGCCCUGAUGAGUUGUCUAUUGCGCGGAAACUCACCGAUGGUUGCAUCUGGGCAUACGACAUUAUGCCCACGGGGAUCAUGCCAGAGAUCAUGUAUGUCAGCCCAUGCAAGGACCUGGACAACUGCGAGUGGGACGAGGAGCAGUGGUACAAGGACAUCCUCAAGCGGUCGGCCAAGGCAGCACAGGAGGAGGAUCCUUAUUCCGAGGCCAAAGAAUUCAUCAAGCGACGGGGGCUUCCGCCUGGUGUUACCCAGAUUACUGAUGCGCAGUACAAAUUGAGGCCCGAGGCUAUCGAGUCCGUCUUUAUCAUGUAUCGCAUCACAGGCGAUAAGGAGUUGCAGGACGCUGCGUGGCGUAUGUUCAGCAACAUCGAGAAGAUCACUCGAUCCGAGUAUGGACACGCGGCUAUUGACGACGUCCGGAACCCCAAGUCCCCUCAGCUGGACUAUAUGGAGAGCUUCUGGUUGGCGGAGACUCUGAAGUAUUUCUACCUCACCUUCUCGGAGCCCGAUCUCGUGAGCUUGGAUGAAUACGUAUUGUACGUCGAUCGCGUUUGA